AUGUAUACGUACACAUCUCUCUGUAUCUAUAGCCACACCAACAUUUCCUCUCUCUAUUUAAACCCCCUCUCUCUCCUCCACCAGUUCAAGAAACACACACACACACACACACCAAAAAGAAAAGGAAAGUUGGGAAAUUUACAACAUCAGCAAACUAAUUAAUCCUUUUCUUUUGUUGUGUGUGAGCGACUUUCUCUCUCAUCUCCGAUCACCGCUUUAAACCAAUCAUUCAUUCCGAUCAUGGCGGCGGAGAACGGGCACAGCGAGAACGGGUUCUGCGUGAAGCAGAGCGACCCGCUGAACUGGGCGGCGGCGGCGGAGGCGCUGCAGGGGAGCCACCUGGACGCGGUGAAGAGGAUGGUGGAGGAGUUCAGGAAGCCGGCGGUGAAGCUCGGCGGCGAGACCCUCACCAUAGCCCAGGUGGCGGCGAUCGCCUCCCGGGAUAAUGCGGUGGCGGUGGAGCUGGCGGAGUCCGCCAGGGCCGGCGUCAAGGCCAGCAGCGACUGGGUCAUGGACAGCAUGAGCAAGGGCACCGACAGCUACGGUGUCACCACCGGCUUCGGCGCCACCUCUCACCGCCGGACUAAGCAAGGCGGCGCUCUGCAGAAGGAGCUCAUUAGGUUUCUGAAUGCUGGAAUCUUCGGCAACGGCACGGAAUCAAACCACACUCUACCGCACUCAUCAACAAGAGCAGCAAUGCUAGUGAGAAUCAACACUCUUAUGCAAGGAUAUUCCGGCAUCAGAUUCGAAAUCUUGGAAGCCCUCGCCAAAUUCCUCAACCACAACGUCACUCCUUGCCUCCCUCUCCGCGGCACCAUCACCGCCUCCGGCGAUCUCGUGCCCCUCUCCUACAUCGCCGGCCUCCUCACCGGCCGCCCCAACUCCAAGGCCGUCGGCCCCGCCGGCGAGCCCCUCACCGCCGAGGCCGCCUUCAAGCUCGCCGGCGUAGCCGGCGGCUUCUUCGAGCUGCAGCCCAAGGAAGGCCUCGCCCUCGUGAACGGCACCGCCGUGGGCUCCGGGCUGGCCUCCAUCGCCCUCUACGAGGCCAACAUCCUCGCCCUCCUCGCCGAGGUCAUGUCCGCCAUCUUCGCCGAGGUCAUGAACGGCAAGCCCGAGUUCACCGACCACCUCACCCACAAGCUGAAGCACCACCCUGGCCAGAUCGAGGCGGCGGCGAUCAUGGAGCACAUCCUCGACGGCAGCGCCUACGUGAAGGCCGCGCAGAAGCUCCACGAGAUGGACCCGCUCCAGAAGCCGAAGCAGGACCGCUACGCCCUCCGCACCUCCCCCCAGUGGCUCGGCCCGCAGGUGGAGGUGAUCCGCACCGCCACCAAGAUGAUCGAGCGCGAGAUCAACUCCGUCAACGACAACCCCUUGAUCGAUGUUUCUAGAAACAAGGCCCUCCACGGCGGGAACUUCCAAGGCACUCCCAUCGGCGUCUCCAUGGACAAUUCCAGACUAGCAAUCGCUUCAAUCGGGAAACUCAUGUUCGCUCAAUUCUCGGAGCUGGUUAACGACUUCUACAACAAUGGCUUGCCCUCCAACCUCUCCGGCGGGAGGAACCCUAGCCUCGACUACGGCUUCAAGGGAGCCGAGAUCGCCAUGGCCUCCUACUGCUCGGAGCUACAGUUCCUGGCCAACCCGGUCACCAACCACGUGCAGAGCGCGGAGCAGCACAACCAGGACGUGAACUCGCUCGGCCUCAUCUCGUCGCGGAAGACCGUCGAGGCGCUGGACAUUCUCAAGCUCAUGUCGUCGACGUUCCUGGUGGCCCUCUGCCAGGCCAUCGACCUCCGCCACCUGGAGGAGAAUCUGCGCCUCGCCGUGAAGAACACGGUGAGCCAGGUGGCGAAGCGGACCCUGACGAUGGGGGCCAACGGGGAGCUCCACCCGUCGAGGUUCUGCGAGAAGGACCUCCUACGGGUGGUCGACCGCGAGUACGUCUUCGCCUACGUGGACGACCCCUGCCUCGCCACGUACCCGCUCAUGCAGAAGCUGAGGCAGGUGCUGGUCGACCACGCCCUCAAGAACGGGGACGGGGAGAAGAACCCCAGCACCUCGAUCUUCCAGAAGAUCGAGGCGUUCGAGGCCGAGCUCGAGGUGCUCCUCCCCAAGGAGGUGGAGGGCGCCAGGAGCGCCCUCGAGGCGGGGAACCCCGCGAUCGGGAACAGGAUCAAGGAGUGCCGGUCGUACCCGUUGUACAAGUUCGUUAGGGAGGAGCUCGGGGCGGAGUUCUUGACGGGGGAGAAGGCGGCGUCGCCCGGGGAGGAAGGGGAGAAGGUGUUCACGGCGUUGAGCAAUGGUUUGCUCGUUGAUCCUUUGUUGAAAUGCCUUGAAUCGUGGAAUGGAGAGCCGCUGCCCAUCUGCUAGCUAGCUGUUUUCUCGCCAUCUUGUUAAUUAAUUUUUGUUUAAUUGAGUUCUCUUAUUUUUGUGUGUGUAAUUUCUUAUGUAUGGAUUAUUGUAUUGUAAGGAGCUCUGGGAAUUUCUGGGCUGCCUUUGUAUUUAGUAUGUAUUACAGCAUUACUACAAUCUAAGUCUAUGUUGUUUGCAA